UUCAAGCAAUAUGACCCCGUCUGCAGCUUUGCUCGUUUUACUCGUGGUGCCAGCUCUGGCUAUGCCUGGGCUGAUACGCGACACCAAGAUGAGAGCUGAACGCGAGACAGAUGACCCUUUCUCCUUCGACAUGAAUCCGUUCCCUGAUUUCUCAUGGUCAUGGCCCUUUGGUUCUUCCUCUUCUUCUGGAAGUUCUUCCGCUGGAUCUGAAUCAAGUUCUUCCGCUGGAUCUGAAUCAAGUUCCUCCUCUGGAUCUGAAUCAAGUUCCUCCUCAUCUUCGUCAUCCAGUUCCUCUUCUUCUUCGUCGUCGUCUUCCUCUUCGUCAUCUUCUUCCUCGUCGUCUUCCUCUUCUUCGUCGUCAUCAUCUUCAUCUUCCUACAGCUUCUCGUCCAUCUUUGACUCACCGGAAGAUGAAAGUGCUGUCGACGCCGUUAUCUGGGCUACGUUCAUGCAUGACGUCGUGCUGGAUGCCGAGAAAACUCUCCAGUAGACCCAUAAGUGGGUGGACGCCACUUACGAGUGGGUGGACGCCAUUCACAAUACCCAGGGCAGUCCAAGUCCGUUGUAACUGAAUCGGAAUAAAAUCUGUUUAGAAAUA